UUUUUAUCCCUUGACUAUUGACAUAAUUUGUGAUUUUUUCUUUUCCAAUUUCCAAACUAAAUUAAAAUUCUACGAUUAAAUAAUCGUCGAGUUGAUCAUUUGAUUUUCUCUCAUUUUCUUUGUGUAACAUUUCCCGCCUUGGAAAUCAGCUGAUUUUAAUUGUGUCAAUUUUCAAUAUUCUUGCUGAGAUGCCUCGUCAAAUAUGUAAAUAUGGUCGAUCUUGUUACCGAAAGAAUCCCGAUCAUUUCAAAGAGUUUAGUCAUCCUUGGUUGGAGAAUGUGAUUAAUGAUGAUGGACAGAGUUUACAAAUGAUGACUGAUGAACUUGCUGUUGAUGGAUUGUAUAAAGAUGCGAAAUCCUUUCCUGCUAAUCAACCAAAAAUGGAACCAGUUACAACCGAAUUAAGUGUUAAUCAAAAUGAAAUUGGUGUUGAUGAUGAAACCAAAGGUGAACCAGUUGAUGAAAAUAAUGAACUGAUUCAGGAACCAGAAGAUAAGCCAGAGAUUAAAGCUCAAGUUAUUUCCCAGAAUGAUGAUGUUGGAGUCAUUACGCCAAAGAAAAAGCCACUGAGAAUAUGUAAAGAUGAUAUUCUAGAAAUUGUCUAUGACUCAGUAAAAAUGAACGACUCAAAUGUCACUGAUUCUCCAGUAAAUAAGCGAAAAAGAUUAUCAUCAAGUUCGACUACUAGUCCAUCUAAAUCACCAAAAUCAUUUCGAAAACCUGAUAAUCUUCUCAAUCUAUUUCUUAUUAAAGUUAAAGGGAUGGAUCAAAGUGUUAACAAUUUCUGUUCUAUUGGGAUAACGGAGAUUCUUUCAAGACAAUGGGGUCAACUCCAAGAAUCUGUUCAGUUUAAUUACAUGUUCGAUGUCGGUUGGCUUAUAGAUCAAUAUCCGCCAUGUUUCCGUCAUUUACCAAUUCUUUUGGUCCAUCAGGAUAAGAGAGAAACUACCGCUCAGUUAGAAGCCGAAACUGGUCCCUAUGGUAAUAUUAGUUUAGCUCGAGCUCGACUGAAUGAUGCCUUUGGAACUCAUCAUACAAAGAUGAUGAUUCUUCGGUAUGACAAUCAUCUUCGUGUCGUAAUUCAUACGGCAAAUCUCAUCGAACAAGAUUGGAGGGAGAAAACUCAAGGAGUCUGGUUAUCACCUUUGUUCCCUCCGUUCAAAGAUGGUGAAAUUCCUACAGAUAAAUCACGAACUAAAUUCCAAACGGAUCUAAUUCUGUACCUAAGAUCAUAUAAAAACAAAGCGAUUGACCAUUGGUGUGAAAUAUUGAAAAAAUAUGACAUGUCCGAAGCUAAAGUUUAUCUGAUUGGUUCAACUCCAGGUCGUCAUACUGGAGCUGAUCUUCAUAAAUAUGGACACAUGAAACUGAGGAAAAUAUUGUCAUCAGAAAAAGCUUUAUGUGAACAGGUUCAACCGAACUGGCCUGUGAUCGGUCAAUUCUCAAGUAUCGGUUCCCUUGGAUCGAAAGCGGAAGCUUGGCUUCAGGGUGAAUUCCUUCAGAGUUUAGGGACAACACCCAAUAGAUUUUCAGCCUUUUCCAAACCACCGAUGAAACUUGUAUUUCCAUGUGUUGACGAUGUUCGUAACAGUCUAGAAGGUUACCCGGCGGGAGGAUCUUUACCUUACAGUGAUUCGACACAUCGAAAGCAACUUUACUUGACCAAAUUUCUUCACCGAUGGAAAAGUGAUGAAAAGGGAAGAACUCGAGCUUCACCACAUAUCAAAUCUUAUUUUCGAGUCUCCCCCGAUAUGAAGCAACUUUACUUCGGCAUUUUAACCAGCGCUAAUCUAUCGAAAGCCGCUUGGGGAUCGUUAGAGAAACAAUCGUCACAAUUAUGUAUUCGCGCCUAUGAACUUGGUGUUCUCUUUUUACCAAAAUCAUUUGGAUCAUUUGAUACAUUCUCAGUUUCGGAAGGUUUAACUGUCGACGGUGAUGGAGAGAAAGUUCCGAUUACAUUUCCAAUUCCUUUUGAUUUACCAUUGACCAAAUAUAGAGAGGAAGAUGAACCUUGGAGAUGGGAUAUUCCUCAGAAAAGUAAACCAGAUUCUCAUGGUAACAUUUGGAUUCCAUCACUUUAAUUCAUUUUCCUGGAAAUUAACAAAUCAUCGAUUCAUAACAAUUCAUCAGUUUCUUUUUCAAUCUAAAUGAUAUUUUUAAUAAAAUUGGUUGAAACAAUCGAAA